UUUUUGCGAUUCUCGCCGUCUUCGUGACAUUUCUGAUUUCUGUUUGCUCUUGUGAGAGAGAAGAGAACGAAUCAUCAUGAAGCUCUCUUUCUCUCUCCCUUCCAAAUCGAAGCCCAAAGUCACAGCGAUCGCCGACGGGAACAACGCCGGUGACGACGGUAAUAGCAAGGAGUUCGUGACGGAAUUCGAUCCUUCGAAAACCCUAGCUGAUUCCACUCCCAAAUACGUUAUCCCUCCGAUAGAGAAUACAUGGAGGCCUCACAAGAAGAUGAAGAAUCUCGAUCUCCCGCUUCAAUCCGGUAAUACCGGUUCAGGUCUCGAAUUCGAGCCCGAAGUUCCUUUAGGCGAUUCCAAGGGAUCCGAUAGUAACAUCACCUACGGUUUGAAUCUGCGUCAGAAAGUAGUGAAGGAAGGCGACGCGAGUGAUGAGACCGAAGAUCGGAAACUAGCUCCGGUGGAGCAGCUUAUGCAGCAAAACUUGAGGAAAGAUCUGGAGUCGCUCGCUGAUGAUCCGACGAUGGAGGAUUUCGAGAGCGUUCCUGUGGAAGGUUUUGGAGCUGCGUUGAUGGCUGGAUAUGGAUGGAAGCCAGGGAAAGGAAUAGGUAAGAAUGCUAAAGACGAUGUUGAGAUUAAGGAAUACAAAAAGUGGACUGCUAAGGAAGGAUUAGGUUUCGAUCCGGAUAGAUCUAAGGUUGUGGAUACGAAGGCUAAAGUGAAAGAAAGUGGGAAACUUGAUAUUAAUGGCGGAGAUGUGUUUUUUGUUGGCAAAGAAGUGAGGAUCGUUGCGGGAAGAGAUAUAGGAUUAAAGGGUAAGAUUGUAGAGAAACUUGGUAAGGAUUUGUUUGUUUUGAAGCUCUCUGGAAGCAAAGAUGAAGUGACAGUUGGUGUGAAUGAGGUAGCAGAUUUGGGUUCCAAGGAAGAAGAAAGGUGUUUGAAGAAGUUGAAAGAUUUACAGCUAAACGAUAAGGAGAAAGAUAAGAAAGCGAGUAAACGAAGCAGAGGAACAGAGAGAGGGAGUAAAAGUGAAGUUAAACAAGAGAGAGGUCAAACAAGAGAGUGGAGAGUGAAGCCCUCAUGGCUAAGGAGUCAGAUAAAGGUGAGAAUAGUAAGCAAGGAGUUGAAAGGUGGGAGAUUGUAUCUUAAGAAAGGAAAAGUUGUCGACGUUGUUGGACCAACUACAUGUGAUAUCACCAUGGAUGAGACGCAAGAGUUGGUUCAAGGGGUUGAUCAGGAGCUGCUCGAGACGGCUUUGCCUAGGCGAGGAGGGCCGGUUCUGGUUCUAUUAGGGAAACAUAAGGGCGUCUAUGGAAAUCUGGUUGAGAAAGAUUUGGAUAAAGAAACUGGUGUGGUUCGUGAUUUAGAUAACCACAAGAUGCUUGAUGUUAGGCUUGAACAAGUUGCUGAGUACAUGGGUGAUAUGGAUGAUAUUGAAUACUGAAACUCUCUGUGAACUGAAGCUGCUAACUUUCAGAUUAAAGAGCAGCAGCUUGCAGAUUUAUGAGAAAAUUGGUGAAAGCAUGUUGAGUUUACGGACAACAGACAGCAGAGGAUAAUUUCUGAUUCUGUAUGCAACCAUUGUACCAAUUGUAAGAGUACAUACAUGGUAUUGCUCUAUUUCAUGAGUUCCAUCUGUAACCAUUGUGGUCUGAAUGAAAAGAAGGAAAAAAAUUUCAACGCAAAAGAUGAGUGCAGUUUUAGAUGAAAAUUA